AUGACAAGGUCAGGGGGGAUUCCUUUGGCCAGAAAGGUGUGCUAUGCUGUGGGUGGGGUCCCGUAUCAGAUGACCACAGCAGCGAUAAACAUUUCCCUGCAGAUUUUUCUUCUGGAUGUUGUGCAGAUGGAGGCCUCCUAUGUGUCCAUGAUUUUAUUUGUGAGUCGGGCCUGGGAUGCUGUGACCGACCCAGUGGUUGGAUACCUGGUGAGCCGCAGUAGCUGGACACCCAUCGGCAAACUCACUCCAUGGCCGCUUUUUUCCAGUCCGUUCUGCAUCUUGUUGUAUGUGCUGCUGUGGUUUGUGCCAACUGGCUUGAUGCCAGAGGCCGCCUAUGUGCUAUGGUUCCUCGUGGCGACCUGCCUCUUUGAGACACUUAUGAGUUGCUAUAACGUUCCUUACUUAUCACUGAGCAUGUUCCUGGGGGGGCAUCAGAGGGACAGAGACUCCACCACCGCCUACAGAAUGAGUGUGGAGAUGGUGGCGAUGCUGCUGGCUUCAGUGAUUCAGGGACAAGUCGUGUCUGUGUACAACACAGAAAAGCAGGAGGCCUGUGAGCAGCUGGACCAGGUCUAUCAAACACCUCAGAGCACAUCUGCACCUCAAACUGCCUCCCUACAGGAAACGCAAAAAGCUUUCCUGACCUCAGCUCUGGUCAUGGCUGCCUUGUUUUUCCUCUGCAGUCUGGUUCUUUUCUUUGGAGUGAGGGAGCAGCAGGUCCCUCUCUCCUCUGAUGAGAAAAUACGACCAUCCUGUCGGAGCUCCAUAAAGAUGCUGAUGUGUCACGUCCCUUAUCAACGGCUUGUGCUUGGCUUUGUGUUCAGUGUACUUGCGUUUCAGAUGUCCUUGGGUAACUUUGCACUGUUUUGCAGUCAUGCAGCUGGGCUAGGAGCCCAGUUCCAGCUUCUCCUGCUGGUCCUGCUGGUCUCUGCUUCCAUUGCGGUUCCUUUUUGGCAAAUAGUUCUCCUGAAAAUAGGAAAGAAGAACACAGUUUUCAUCGGAUUAUCACUCUUCAUCCCAGCAGUAUUGGUAGUUGCCUGUGUCCCCAGUAACCUGCCAGUCUUCAUGACCAUGUGCAUUCUGAUGGGAUUCAGCGUGGCAACCAUGUUUUUGCUGCCCUGGUCAAUGCUCCCAGAUGUAAUUGAUGACUUUGCUGUGAAACACUCCUCCUGUAAAGACCUGGAGCCUCUGUUUUUCUCUGGUUAUGCCUUCUGUAGUAAGCUGGCCGGAGGGCUUUCAGCUGGACUGUCAACCAUGACAUUGCAGAUUGUGGGCUACAAGGCAAGUGCAUGUAACCAUGGUGAUGGAGUGGUGACAGCUCUGAUUGUGCUGUUCUCACCAGUUCCCAUCACACUUCUGCUGACAGGGAUGGUGUUUUUUUUCACCUAUCCAAUUAAUGAGAGGCAAGGCUUAGAGCUCCAAGAUCAUCAACUCCACCCAGAAUCAACAUCAUCAUCACCAUCAUCACCAUCACCUGACUCAAAAGACCACACAAAGCUACAAACAAUCUCACAGAAGCCUUGUGUUGGUGCAACAUCAACAUCACAUCCGAACACAGAGACUAAGACGUUGUACAAGUCUGGUUUCUCACCAUGUUGGUACCAUGUUGGCACCAAGUUAUCCACCUGCUCAAAUGUAUCAAACAGCCCUUUUGGAAAAAGCACAAGGUCUACAUCACAUGUUCCAUUUCAUAAACAGAUACUUGAAACUAAAAAGCACAAAGGAGAUGAUGAACUGGUUGGCAGUUUUCCUGGGAGUAAUCCUGACUCUUUCUCUAGCAGGUCAUAUGUAAAAUCCAAGGUGACAUGGGUGUAGCUGAUUCUGCCUUAUGAAAUAUCACUGAGUUGCAGAAAGAGUUUAUUUCUAUUUCUUCUAUAUUAAUAUGAAGUGAAGACAUUU